CUUGAAUGCAUCAUCUCAACGCGCAGGUUUCUACCGGAAGUGACGACACACGUUUGAUCGCGUCUUCUUCGUCGUGUGGUAGCAGCCUCCAGAGCCAUCGAAGAUGACUACAGCUGCAAGACCAACAUUUGAGCCGGCAAGAGGAGGGAGGGGUAAAGGAGAAGGGGAUUUGAGUGCCCUGUCCAAGCAGUACUCCAGUCGAGAUCUUCCGGGUCACACAAAGAUCAAGUACAGGCAACCUACCCAGGAUGCCCCAGAGGAGGUGCGUGCCCGUGACUUCCGCAGGGAGCUGGAGGAGAGGGAGCGUGUAGCUGUACGGGACAAGACCAGAGAAAGGGGACCAAGAGAGCACACCACAUCAUCUUCAUCUUCAUCAUCAUCUUCAAAGAGGCCCAGACUGGAUCAGAUCCCAGCAGCCAACCUUGAUGCUGACGACCCUCUCACUGAUGAUGAUGAGGAUGAGGACUCUGAGGAAGACAGUGAUGACGAUGACACUGCAGCUCUUCUGGCAGAACUGGAGAAGAUCAAGAAGGAGCGGGCUGAAGAGCAAGAACGCAAAGAGCGGGAGCAAAAAGCGGAGGAGGAGAGAAUUCGCAUGGAAAAUAUCUUGAGUGGCAAUCCGUUGAUUAAUUUGGCAGGACAACAACAGCAACAACAGAUGAACCCGACUCCGAAUACAUUCAGGGUCAAGAGAAGGUGGGAUGAUGAUGUUGUGUUCAAGAACUGCGCCAAAGGAGUGGACGAGGCACGGAAGGAGAAACGCUUUGUAAAUGACACACUGCGCUCUGAGUUCCACAAGAAAUUUAUGGAGAAAUAUGUAAAGUAAAGGACUUUGUGUGUCUUAAUUUUAUUGUUUUUUUUUGUUUUUUUUUCUUCAUUUCUCUGGUCUCCGCCUUCUUGUUGCCCUCUGUCUCAUGAAUGAUAGUUGGCAUUCAAAUAUGUCCUGUAUUCAAAUGCAAUGGUAUUUGUACAGUCAACACGUAAAAUGUAUAUAAAUGAUUUAGUCAGUUGCAUCCUUUGAAUAAAGCUUGUGAAAAGUUGAAUGAAA